AUGAAGCGCAACGAGCCGCAGGAUUCGUCUUCAUCUAAGAAACCAAAACUACCAGAAAUGGGCGAUAACAAAGAAGAGAAGAAAGAUGAUUUUUUCCAGCCAGUCGGAGAGGUCGCACAGGCCGUCGACGAGGAAGAAGUGCAAGAUACCCAGGAUAACGACGGAAUCAGACUUACUGGGGCCCAGGAUGCCCAGGGUCAUCCUGUUCAAGAGAUCGACUCUUUGUGCAUGAACUGUCACGAAACCGGAGUUUCCCGUUUGCUUUUGACGUCGAUUCCGUACUUCAGAGAGAUCGUGGUGAUUUCCUUUGAGUGUCCUCAUUGUGGAUUCAAGAACUCAGAAAUCCAGCCAGCUUCCAGCAUCGCAGAGAAGGGAAGCAGAUACAUUUUGAAAGUGGAGUCUAAGGAAGAUUUUAACCGUCAGGUUGUCAAGUCUGAUUACGGAACGUGCAAGUUUGUCGAGCUUGAUAUCGAGAUUCCUGCCAAGAGAGGCCAAUUGACCACUGUCGAGGGACUUUUGUCUGAGAUGGUGGACGACUUGGAAAUGGACCAGCCACAGAGAAAAGAGGUCCAACCAGAAAUAUAUGACAAGAUCGAAGAGUUUCUGAACAAGAUCCGGUCUGUUCUCAAGGGAGAAACGGGUCUUCCGUUGACGUUUAUCGUGGACGAUCCAUCUGGAAACUCCUGGAUUGAAUACGUUCCUGGCGAGCCGCAACACAAGUGGUCUGUGGUGGAGUACAACAGAACACCGCAACAGAAUGUUGAUCUGGGACUUGUUUCCGCAGACGAGGUUGCUGCCCACGAGCAGCAGCAGCAGCAGCAACAGGAGCCACCAAGGACCAGAACUACAGGAUUCAUGUCAGACGAAACAGACAUCGAGAACUUUGCGAACGAGGUGCAGGUUUUCCAUGCAACGUGUUCGUCUUGCUACGCUCCGUGCGAAACACAUAUGAAAGUUGUUAAUAUUCCUCAUUUUAAAGACGUGAUCAUUAUGUCCACCACCUGCGAACGGUGUGGAUACAAGUCGAAUGAGGUCAAGACAGGAGGUGCUGUCCCAGACAAGGGAAAGCGUGUUGAGUUGUACUGUGACGACCCAGAGGAUCUCGGCAGAGACAUCUUGAAGUCCGAGACGUGUGGUAUGAAAAUCCCAGAGCUCAACCUUGAUCUGACCCCAGGAACGUUGGGCGGAAGAUUCACCACUUUGGAAGGAUUGUUGCGCCAGGUGAGAGAAGAGUUGCACUCGAGAGUGUUCCAGGAAACGUCUGACUCGAUGGCACCGGAAACCAAGUCUAAUUGGGAGACGUUUUUCAAGAAGCUGGAUGAUGCCAUUGCUGGAAAGAUCAAGUUCACAGUUAUUAUGGAAGACCCAUUGGCCUCCUCGUACAUCCAAAACGUGUAUGCUCCGGACGACGAUCCAAACAUGAAGAUCGAGGAGUUCGAAAGAACUGAGGAGCAGAACGAGGACCUUGGUCUCAACGACAUGAAGGUGGACUGA